GACUUACAGCGUCCUCCGCCGCCCGCCCGGGCCAGCACCCCCAGAAGUUGUGAUGCUUUUCUUCACCCAGUGCUUUGGGGCUGUGUUAGAUCUCAUUCACCUCCGCUUUCAGCACUACAAGGCUAAACGGGUUUUCUCCGCUGCUGGGCAACUUGUCUGCGUCGUCAACCCCACGCACAACCUAAAGUAUGUGUCCAGUUGCCGUGCCACCUCGCAGAGUACUGCAGAGCAAAGCAGCCUCCACUCUCACCACCUCGCCCACCAGCACCGCCACCACCGCCACCACCACCACCUGCACCACCACGCCCACCCCCACCACCUCCACCACCAGGAGGCAGGGCUGCACACCGCGCAGGUGACGCCCUGCAUGUGCCCCUUGUUCUCCUGCCAGUGGGAAGGCCACCUGGAGGUGGUGGUGCCCCAUCUGCGACAGAUCCACAGGGUUGACAUCCUUCAGGGAACUGAAAUAGUCUUCCUGGCCACGGACAUGCACCUCCCUGCGCCGGCCGACUGGAUCAUCAUGCACUCCUGCCUUGGCCACCACUUUCUGCUGGUGCUUAGGAAGCAGGAGAGGCACGAAGGCCACCCCCAGUUCUUUGCCACCAUGAUGCUGAUCGGGACCCCCACCCAGGCCGACUGCUUCACCUAUCGCCUGGAGCUCAACAGAAACCAUCGGCGUCUCAAAUGGGAGGCCACCCCCAGAUCUGUGCUUGAGUGCGUGGACUCGGUGAUCACCGACGGGGACUGCCUUGUCCUCAACACCUCACUGGCCCAGCUCUUCUCCGACAAUGGCAGCCUUGCCAUUGGAAUUGCUAUCACUGCGACAGAGGUCCACCCCACUGAAGCAGAGGUGUGA